CUUUACUUAUUCGUACUAUUACAACUAUAACACUACUCUCUCUCCCACUCUCACAAAAUUAAAUUCUAAAUUUUCAUUUCAAAAACUUUCUAAUUUUCCACUUCAAAAGCUGAAAGCUGAAAGCUGAAAGCUGAAGAGAAACAAAAAAGAACAAGAAGAAGAACCCAUAAGAGAUGGACGGAGGAGAUGCGAUUUUAGAUUACGCUACCAUUCAGAUUCUGCCUUCUCAAAACAGGUAUGAGGCAUAUGCAUGUCGUGGUAACAAUGUAGAGAAACUGGGAGUUGGGGUUCUUCAAAAGAUCUUGCCUCAUUUGCCCGAGUUAAACAACUUGUACACCCAUGGAUCCAAUUCCAAUUCCAAUGCUGCUAAUUACAAACUGCAACCCCCCAACAAUCUCAAGUCUCCCACAUGGUUUACCCUAUCUACCUUCUCCAGAUUCCUGUAUAUUGUGGGUUCUACUGAUUGUUUGGAUACUGCUAAAGUUAUUGAAGCUGAGAUGUCUCGGUUGGAGGAGGCCAAAAAAUUUCAUCUUUCUCUAUAUGCUCAGGGUCAUCAAGAUCAUAAUCGAAGCAGCGAAAAUGAUUUCCGCAACUCAAUAGACAUGGUUCCAACAUCCAAGUUUGAAGUCCAGAAUUCAUCAUCAGAAACGUCAAAGAAUGAGCUUUUACGUGCUAUGGACUCGAGACUUGCAUCAUUAAGAAGUAAGUUAGUUGCAGCUUUUAACCAAGCGGUUGGAGAAACCUGCUCCAAUGAAGAAGUCACUCAUCUAGCAAAGUUUUCAGAAACUUUUGGGUCAAAUGAUGUAAAGAAUUUUUUAUGCAUGAUUCUGGAGCUGAGAGACAAGUGCGAAAUUGCUAAUCCUCUGAAUGAUGUAAAGUCUUCAUGCACUCAUGCUUCAGUUAAUGGCAGCAUAAACAAGACUGAUGGAAAUAAUAAAAUUUCAAAGCCAGCAAGUUCAGAAACACCAGUUAAAUAUGGUGUUUCUCCAGCAAAAGUUGCACAGAUUGAACGUCAGAGCUCAACAGAAAGUGAGGAAUCUUCUGACUCAAGUGACGAGAAUCAAGUAUCUGCAGAAAGAAGUCGAGCUCUUCUAAGAUCUGCAUCUCCUAGAAGGUCUGCAUCUCCAAUGAGAAGGGUUCAAAUUGGGAGAACUGGCCCGCGUAGAGCCCCUGCUCUGACAGUAAAGAGCCUUGGUUGCUUUCCUGCUAGAGAAAAGAUAUCAUAUCAAAGAGAUGUAGCUUCAGAUGAUAGUGAAGAGGAAGGAUCCGGACACAUUAAGAAACCUGAAAAUAAUGUGCAGCGUAUGAGUGUUCAAGAUGCAAUAAAUCUUUUUGAAAGUAAACAAAGGGAUCAGAUUACUGAUGCUCCAAAAAGGAACUCAUUAGCUAACAUCUCUCUUGGUCCAACUAAGUCUGCAUUGAGAAGAUGGAGUGCAAGUAUGGGUGAAUCAGCGGUCCAAUGCCAAUCACAGAAUGGUUCUGAAGAUCCUGUACCAGAGCCUUCUGAUAAUAUCAUUGAUAAUGAUAUUAUGGAAAGGUCAACAGAAGUUAAUUUGGAAUCUGAUACUAGGACUAGAGUGGAAAACAUCAACGAAACUAUUGAUGUGAGGUUCGAAGGGAUGGAAGAGAGCUCAUGUAGUCCUAUAGAUAUUCAAGAGGUCACAGAUAUAAUACACGAAGUGGAAGCUAAUGAAAUGUCAAAAACCGCAGUUGAAUGGAGUCAACAGAAGGAAGAAGAGUUGAACCAGAUGCACGAAAAAAUGAUGGGAAAUCAGCUUGUUAGCUGUAGGAAGCCUCAAUCUAAAGUCAGACAAAAUCUGCCUCCAGAGCAGAGAGGUGGAUUUUAUCACCAUUACAAGGAGAAGAGGGAUCAAAAACUUAGAGGUGAGAAUGCUGGAAAGCAUGCUGAGAAAGAAGCAACAUUGAGAGCAAUGCUAAAAAAUCUUGAUGACAGGAAAGCAAGAAUGGCUUCCAAAAAUGUGAAUAAUAUUGGUAAAAAUGAUCCUUCAACAAAGACCCAAAUUUCUGUCAAGAAUUCCCAAAAGUUACUUAAGAAUCCUUCACAGCCUGCUAAUACAAGGAAGGAAACAUCAAAACUUUCAAUUGCAAAGAAGGUUUCAACUAGAGCAUCCCCCUUGCCUGCUGUUCGUAAGUCUUGGCCUUCGACACCAUCACCGAGAACAGCAGGGGCAUCACCAGCUAAAACUUCUAGUGCAACCUCUUCUGCUGGCACUACGUCAACACGUCGGAAGCCUCAAUCAGCACAACCGGCAGCUCAACUGGGUCCUAAAGUGGAAAGUUCCCUGCCACAACGAAGAAAUGCAAAGGCAACCCAGACUGAUAAACGAGGUUUAGUGGGUGUGAAUGAGAAGCAGCAACAAAAAUUGAUCAAAAGCAGCAAACCAACAAAAACAAAAAUUGCAGCAGCACCUGGGGACUCUUCCAGUAUGCUUCCAGCAAAGCCUAGUUUGUAUAACAAGGUAACGAAGAAAAGUAGUGUAGUUCCAUUGGAAUCAAAGCCAUUUCUCCGUAAAGGUUCAGGAUUUACGUCUACAGGUCAUGUUAACAAGACUAAAAAUCCUUCUCAGUUGGAGGACUCUUUGAAAAACACUGAAAAUUCUAUUGAUCCUCAAGAGAGUGAUGUGAUUGCUAAUGCUUCUGUCUUGGUGAGUGAGCAUCAGGAUGCUUCAUCACCGGACCAUUGUGAUGAUGCUAUUCAGUCAGAAACACAGCCGGAUGGCCCUCCGAAAUGUGACCUGGUUGAGAGUGUUAAAGAACUUGCUCCUGAUUUUGAUGUUGGCUUAAAAAUUGUUGCCGGGCCUUCCCAAUGUGAGGAAGAAUCAACCAUCUCACCAACUGCGUGGGUGGAAGUAGAAGAGCAUCGAGACCUACCAAACCUAUCUGAUGUGAAAACAGCUGAAAUUACAUCUUCAGCUGACAUAGCACCCAUUGUAUCAGCAAGUCCACGUGUGCGCCACUCUCUGUCACAGAUGCUGCAAGAAGAAAGUAGCGAAGGUUAUAUUACUGACUGGGGAAAUGCUGAAAGUUUGCCUGCAAUGGUCUACCAAAAAGAUGCACCCAAGGGAUUGAAGAAGCUGUUAAAGUUUGCUCGGAAGAGUAAGGGGGAUGCAAAUAUAACUGGUUGGUCUAGUCCGUCAGUCUUUUCUGAAGGAGAGGAUGAUGCAGAAGAAUCAAAAGUCAAUAAUAAGAGAAAUUCUGAUAAUCUACUGCGAAAGGCAGCCCUUCACACAAAGAACCAUGGGCAAGAAAAGACAUUGUUGUCUGAUGGAUUUGAUCGUAAUUUGAAUUCUCAUGAGCUUCCAUCUGCUCAAUCAGGCAGCAGAACGUUUAAUACCCACAAAUUGCACAAUGGCAGCGUUUCAGCUGCAGCCUCAACUACUAAAGGGACAAGGUCAUUCUUCUCCCUUUCUGCAUUUAGGGGUAGUAAGCCAAGUUAGAUGACGCAUCAGUAAAAGCUAGGACGAUUAUAAAGAUCAAGGUUAUUGUCGUUUGAGCUCCGAUAAUAGGCUACGCAAAAAUAUGUCCUCUGCAUUUCUCUUAUUAUUAUUAUUUUUCUUUUUGUUGCAUUCUUUUGCAUAUCAGAUGUGAAGGUUCAUCUCUAUGUUGGGAGUGUUCUUGUAGAUACCAGUUCAUUGCAGUAUAGCAGGAUUUCCAUCCUGUUAAACAUAUUGUUCCAUGUUAAUCACUAUGUUGAGAACAUAAAAACAAUGAUGAAUUAAUUGAUUUUUCUUUUCUA